AUGAUAGAGAUACUCAAACGGUUACCACCAAAAACCCUAAUCAGAUUUCUCAGUGUUUCUAAGCUCUGGUCUUCCAUCAUCCGCGGUCAAUAUUUCAUGAAACUAUACCUGAAUGAGUCCUUGACUAAACCAAAAAGUCUCGUCUUCGUAUUCAGAAAACCGUAUUUAUUAGCUUCCUCAGAAGUUAACCUAAAACUUGCACAUGAAGUCUCUGAUGCUGCUUCUUCUUUAGCCACUUAUUACCAUGUGACUAUCCGCACCCAACAGCUGACUAAAAUUUCUCCUCCUGUCCACGGGUUGAUUUGCUAUGGACCACCUUCCAAACUCGUUGUCUAUAACCCUUGCACUAGACGAUCCGUUACCUUGCCCAAGAUCAAUGCAGGGAGGAGAGCCAUAAACCAUUACUUAGGCUAUGACCCCAUCAACAACGACUAUAAAGUGUUGUGCAUCAUCAGAGGAAUGCAUAAGCUGAGUAACAGACGCGGUUUAGCUGAGGAGAUACUGGUUUUGACAUUGAGAUCAUCAACUCAUCAGGAUUCAUGGAGGACUAUGAUGAAUAUUCAAGACAAUUAUAUCAUUCCUCAUCACUCUCCUGUAAGCGAUGAACUGUGCAUCAAUGGUGUUUUGUAUUAUCAAGCUUUUACUGGCACAAAACUAAAUGAGUCUGCAAUCAUGAGUUUUGAUGUUAGGUCUGAAAAACUUGCUAUUAUCAAAGGACCUUGCACCUUUCGGACCUUUUCAAAGUUGACAAGCUACGAGGGGAAGUUAGCUGUCGUUUUCUUUGAAAAGAAAAUUAGUGGUAUUAUUGCCUUGUGGGUUCUACAAGAUCCUUCUAAGGAGGAAUGGUCCAAGAAAACUUUUGUUUUGCCUUCCGCUACAACAUUCAAAAAAUAG